AUGGCUCUGAGCACACUAGGGACGCAAGCUGUGCCAUUCAACCCCACAUUUCCAUUCCCAAUAGCACACACCCCCGCCCGCCUCCUAGAAACCGCCGAAGCAGCCUUCCUGCGUUCCCAAAUCCGCACAGUCAGUCGCUUCUACCCCGAUGAAAAGUUCGCCACCAUCCCGCUGAGGCGGAAGACGAUCAGAAGCGAAACGGAAACUCAAACCGGGCUCGCAGGCGCAACAAAGAGAUCAUUCGACUGGAAGCUGAACCGCGUCGUCGGGUUCGGGAUGGACGGCCCCGUCACGGGCCAUGAGCUCGAUGGACUUGAGCGCCUGUCCAGGCGCGUCGGUCUGACGCCGUACAUUGAUCUCUGCCCGUUUGCGCAUCCGAGCGCGCGGGAGCUGCUGGCGCAGAGGGGGUAUAGGAACGCUGGGGAUAUCAAUGUGCAUAUCCUGCCGCUGCAGGAUGUUAGUUUUGACGAUUCAGGGGAUAGUACUCGAGGUCGGGUAGAGAUAACACGCGUCUCAACCUCAGCCGACAGAUCGCAUUUCAUCGAGUCCUCACUCGCGGGCUUCGAGCAAGACGCAGGUGACAGCAAAACUGAGGACGAGCUCCUCAAGCUUCUCGCCGAGUGCGCCACGCUCCAGCCCGAAACACGGACUUACCUUGCGAGACUCGAUGGCCGGAUUGCAGGGGGUGCAGGAAUGGCGUAUCUUCCUACGCCGCAGGGCCCCGUUACGCAGCUUCAUAUCACCAGUACUGUUCCCGAGUUUCGCGGGAGGGGUGUACAGGGUGCGUUACUGCGGGCGCGACUGGCUGAUGCGAAAGCAAGCGGGAUCAGGGUUGCAGUGGUGAAUACACGGCCUGGAAGUGUAAGCGUGAGGAAUGUUGGCAAAUAG